AUGUUGAUUGAAGACGACGCCGAGAACACCCGAAAGAAAUUAGACCAAAAGGAAGAACUAAGAGAAAGAAGAAUGAACUAUACUUCAAUCAGACUCAGAGGAACAUCAAAGCUUACAACAAAUUGGAUCAAUGGAGUAAACAGGAUACAAAGGAAUUCAUCAUUCAAAUUCAUUCAAAGCUCAACUCAACAAUACCAAUCAACUUCAUCAUCAACUUCAACUCUCACCAAAUCAAAUCAAUUUCUUUCAAAUCAAACACGAUGGGCUUCUUCUACAACAAGUUCAACAGACAAAUCAAAAAAUCCAUCAUCAAAAACUUAUCAAUUGACACCGGAGGAUCAUCUUAGACUUAGAACUCAACGUAAUGUUGGUAUUUCAGCUCAUAUCGAUUCAGGAAAAACAACACUUACAGAAAGAGUUUUAUAUUAUACUGGAAGAAUUAAAUCUAUACAUGAAGUAAGAGGUAGAGAUCAAGUUGGAGCCAAGAUGGAUCAUAUGGAAUUAGAAAGAGAAAAAGGCAUCACUAUUCAAUCUGCUGCUACAUUUUGUGAUUGGCAAGUAGAACAAAAUCCAGAUUUAUCGGCAGGUGAAUCACAUUCUAUCAAUAUCAUCGAUACGCCUGGACAUGUUGAUUUCACUAUCGAAGUAGAACGUGCACUUCGAGUUCUAGAUGGGGCUGUACUUGUACUUUGUGCAGUUUCAGGUGUUCAAAGUCAAACUAUUACUGUAGAUCGUCAAAUGAGACGUUAUAAUGUUCCUAGAGUAUGUUUUAUUAAUAAAAUGGAUCGUCAAGGUGCCAAUCCUGCUAGAGUAAUCGGUCAUCUACGUACUAAAUUAAAAUUAACUUGUGCUCAAGUUCAAUACCCAAUCGGAGCUGAAGAUGGAUACGAAGGAGUAGUUGAUUUAGUAAGACUCAAGACAAUUCGACAAACUGGAGAGAAAGGUGUCACGAUUGUUGAAUCAGAUGAAAUCCCAGAAUCAAUUUCAAACGAAGUGAAAGCCAAACGUCAAGAGUUAAUCGAGAUUGUGGCAGAUUGUGAUGAUCAAUUGGCCGAUUUAUUCUUAGAAGAGAAACCGAUUAGUUCUGGGGAAUUAGCUGCUGCAAUCAGAAGGGCUACUAUUUCGUUAAAAUUCACACCUGUCUUUAUGGGUAGCGCUUUAGCUAAUAAGGGUGUUCAACCGUUAUUAGAUGGAAUAUGUAGUUAUUUACCUAAUCCUUCCGAAGUGGCCUCUGUUGCAUUAGAUGUUUCUACUAGUACUACUGAUCCACCUUCAGUGGAAAUCAGUCCGACUGCGACUGCACCAUUGGUUGGAUUGGCAUUCAAACUUGAAGAAGGUCGAUUUGGUCAACUAACUUAUUUAAGAGUCUAUCAAGGUACAUUGAAACGAGGGAAUCAGAUCACGAAUGUAAGGACUGGAAAAAGAGUCAAGGUUCCUCGAUUGGUUAGAAUGCAUAGUGAUGAAAUGGAAGAUGUGAAUGAGAUUAAGGCAGGUGAAAUCUGUGCGAUGUUUGGUGUGGAAUGUUCAUCUGGAGAUACAUUCACAGAUGGAACGGUUCAGCUUUCAAUGACUUCGAUGUUUGUUCCCGAUCCAGUGAUAUCUCUUUCUAUCAGACCAAAAGGCCAAGAAACCCCACAUUUCUCAAAAGCUCUCCAAAGAUUUCAGAAGGAAGAUCCUACGUUUCGAGUCCAUGUUGAUGCAGAGUCAUCUGAGACGAUCAUCAGUGGAAUGGGAGAGCUUCAUUUAGAUAUCUACGUAGAACGAAUGAAACGUGAAUAUGGUGUGGAAGUAGUAACAGGAAAACCAAGAGUAGCAUUCAAGGAAGCUAUCACCACUGAAAGCGCUUUCAAUUAUGUUCAUAAGAAACAGACUGGAGGUGCUGGUCAGUAUGCAAAGGUCGUUGGAAGAAUCUUACCAAUGGAACGUGAUGAGGAAACAGGUGAGGACACAUGCUAUGAGAGUAGGAUUACAGGUGGUACGAUUCCUGCUUCCUUUAUACCAGCUGUUGAAAAAGGUUUCAGAGACGCAUUACAAAGAGGAGUAUUAACGGGUAAUUCAGUAACAGGAUGUCAUUUCAUUCUCGAAGAUGGUGCCCAUCAUAUUGUAGAUUCAUCUGAAUUAGCUUUCAGAUUAGCAGCGCAAGGAGCAUUCAGGGAAGCUUUUAAAGCUGCCAAUCCAGUGAUUUUAGAACCGAUUAUGAAAGUUGAAGUAACUGCUCCUAUUGAAUAUCAAGGUAAUGUGAUUGGUGGUUUGAAUCAGAGGAGAGGUACGAUUGUAGAUACAGAUGUUGGAGUGGAUGAAGUGGUUUUGAUUGCUGAAGUAUCUUUGAAUGAUAUGUUUGGAUAUGCAUCUCAAUUGAGAGGAAUGACUCAGGGUAAAGGAGAGUUCAGUAUGGAAUAUUUAAAACAUUCGCCUGUAUUACCUAAUGUACAACGAGAGAUGAUUGAUCAGUAUAAGAACUUUAGGGGAUGAUUGUCUUUUCUGAAUGGUUACCUGAUAUGAUAGAUUUAUAGAUACCAAUUCAUAGAUUUAUAGAAAGUGGAAAUGGAAAUAUAAUUGAUGGUUGUUC